ACACACUUUUGGGGCGACUCCGUCGCAUUUGAGUUCCAGCCGUUUCUCUCAGUUAUCUACUCAUUUCAGUCUCCGUUAUUAGAUUAAACAACUUGCAUUUCGAUUCACGCAGUCUUUCAACAGUUGGAAGAAAAAUUUGAAAUAGGUUUUGGUUCUUGAGAUGGACCCAGUAGCCCUCGAUAGGAUAAUCGAACGGUUAAUUGAGGUUCGAUCGACUAAACCAGGGAAGUUGGUUCAGCUCUCAGAGGCUGAAAUCAAGCAGCUUUGUGUUGCGUCUCGUGAAAUCUUUAUCAAACAGCCUAAUCUUCUUGAACUCGAAGCCCCUAUCAAGAUUUGCGGCGACAUCCAUGGACAAUACAGUGAUCUAUUGAGGCUUUUUGAAUACGGAGGCUUUCCUCCCCAAGCCAAUUAUCUUUUUCUCGGGGACUAUGUGGAUCGUGGCAAGCAGAGUUUGGAAACAAUAUGUCUCUUGCUUGCUUACAAAAUCAGGUACCCGGAGAACUUUUUUCUUCUCCGAGGAAACCAUGAAUGCGCUUCCAUAAAUAGGAUUUACGGGUUUUAUGAUGAAUGUAAGCGUCGGUUUAAUGUGAAGCUAUGGAAAGCCUUUACUGAUUGCUUUAAUUGCCUACCUGUUGCGGCUCUUGUUGAUGACAAGAUAUUGUGCAUGCACGGUGGACUCUCCCCUGAUCUUUCCAAUUUGGACGAAAUUAGAAACUUACCACGCCCGACUGCUAUUCCUGAUACUGGUUUACUUUGUGAUUUGCUGUGGUCGGAUCCUAGCAAAGACAUCAAAGGAUGGGGAAUGAAUGAUAGAGGGGUUUCUUAUACCUUUGGACCUGAUAAGGUGUCGGAGUUUUUAUCAAAGCAUGAUCUUGACCUUGUUUGUCGAGCUCACCAGGUUGUGGAGGAUGGUUAUGAAUUCUUUGCAGACAGACAACUUGUUACUAUAUUCUCGGCCCCAAAUUAUUGUGGGGAAUUUGAUAACGCAGGUGCGAUGAUGAGCGUGGAUGAGAAUUUGAUGUGUUCGUUUCAAAUCCUAAAACCAGCUGAGAAGAAAAACAAGUUCUUGAUGUCUACAAAGAUGUAAUUGGUUAAGUUCCCCUAGGUUUCCUUUGUACUUGCAAUGAUUGACAACUAGAUGUAGUUGAAUGGAAGUGUUGGUUGUGGCUUCUUUAAUACUGUUAAUGGUUCCAAUGAUAAUCAUUUGGCACACCCCAUUGGAAUUGCGGGGUACUAUUUAUAUUAUAUUAGAGAUCAAGUCUGUAU